AUCACAUCUUUCGCUUCUCUUCAUCAUUCCCCUUUUAAUUGAGAGGAGGUGAAGGGCUCAUCGAUGAUGAUUUGUCGUUGAGUUGAUUCAACGACGACGAUUGCGAAGAAUACCCACCUUGCUUCUGCCCAUCUUCAAUAAUUACACUGCUUGUUCUUGUAUUUCUUUAUUCUUUUCUGACAAGUCUGAACUCUCUCUCCCUCUCUCCCCGCCAUGCACGGUUCCUCUGAGACAACUUUUGGAGAAUCCGAAAGAUACCCAGUUCGUUUCCAGGUUUCAAUAUCUAAAUUCUGUUUCUUUUUCCCCUUCUGAAAGAGGGUUUAUGAGGGUUUUAGAGGAUCUCCCCUUAGCAUUCGCUGCUAUUGUUGUUUGCUUGUUUGUUGUUGUUGUUAUUGAUUUUGAUGUUGUUACUGAUAAUGGAUACAUGUUAUAGAUUCGGAAUUGAAUGGUUUUGCUGAAUCCUAGGGUUUAUGUAGAUUCUAUGCACAGAUUUGCAACUCAAUUUUGUGGGGUUUCUGCCAUGGACCAUCAAUCAGUUCGUUUAAUGAUGGAUCAAGCUCUUCCCCGUGGAUCUGAUUUGCUAUCAGCUCUGCCUGAUGAUGUUUUUGCUAUCAUUUCCCGUUUCCUCUCUCCGAGGGACAUAUGCAGCCUCAGCCUAAGCUGCCGGAGCCUUAACGCUCUCGCUGCAACAGACAAGGUUUGGUUCGUGCAGUGCGAGGCUUUGGGGCUUGUCGCUGCUCGGGAACUUUCUGAGUGGCGUGAGGGUGUCAUCUCCUACAAGGCCCUAUGUCGAUUCCUCGUCGGUGUUCGACCCUUAAUUGGCAUCUGGGUGCACCAAAACCCUGAGCUCGGCAAUGUAGUUUACGUCAUGCCUGGUUUCAUAUCCGUUGUUGGGUGCAGGAUCAUUCCACAAGAGCUUGGCCCUUUGGGUCUUGAGGAUGGUCCCCUUCUGUGGGCUCCGGUCUUUGAGAUCAUUGGUGACUGUGAUGGUUCAAUGGCGUUCUUCCUUCAUGGGAGAGAGAAGGAUGGUGACUACUUCUAUCCUGGUUCCCUGAAGCCGAUUCAUAGGACCUGUAAUGUGCUUCUACUUGAGGUUGAGCCACAAAUGCAGAACUCUGAAAGGAGAUUGUCGCAUAGUAAGAGUCUUGUUCAUCUUCAUUCCGAUAGGGAGCUGUCUAGAAGGAUUUCUAUGUCGGACAAUGGGAUUUCCAGGUCACAACGGAUGACUGAACCAAACGAAUCGAUUCCUUUCAGCCAAUUGGCCUUCGGAGAUCGCCGGAAGCUGCUCGAGAUUGUCACUAAUGUAGUCCGCUUAAAAGUUCCUGAUUCAGCAAUCGGGCCUCUUUUUCCCAGAUCGAGUGAUGAUUAUAAGAAAUUUCAGAGGGAUAUGGUGCUCUUGUCCGAGCGUCGUAUGCUGCUUUUGCAGAUGCAUAGGCUUGGUGUUGGGCACUUCGAUUGGGAGGCAGCUCCUGGAUUGCAGUCAGAUCCCACCCAGAUGGAUUUGAGCAAGAUUAAAAAGAGUCUUGAUCGUUCAAGUGGUUGUCAUGGUUCUCUUAAUGGGGAAGAAAGUCACUCACAGCGUAGAAGGAGCAAAACUGUUGCAGGAUAUUUUAGGGAUGGACUGAAACAAAUCCUUGGGAGGUCAAACUCGGUUAAUGGCAGUCGUUCAAGUUCAAAAAAUGGUACUUCAAGCAGUGGGAAGAAGCAUGCACAGCUUCAUGAGUUUCUAAUGUCUGGUGACACAUUAGGACUUAACCUGCAUGCCUCUACUAUGAAGUUAACCACUUAUCGAGCAUGGCCAAACAUGCCUGACAACCGGUUUGCCCUAUAUAAGUUGCCCACAAGGGCCCCUGCAGCUGGUGAAGAGUAUGCUGGCCUAUGGGGUGGCACCUUUGGCUGGCCUCCUGGUAGAUCUUCCGAAGACAAACCCGGAAAGGCUCUGUUUUUGCUUUUGCUUUCUUAUGAAGAAACCGAGGGGCAACGACUUCUCAUUGCAACCAAAAUAUUAGAAGGCACCCAUUAUGUCCUUCAUCCAAAUGGCUCGGCAAUGUUUGUUGUAAAGGUUGAUGAGCCUUUACAGGAUCCAUUUCCAUGGGAUAAUGAUGGAAAUUCCUUUCCUGUGGAUAUGCUGCAUGCUUACAAUGGGGAGGGCAUUGCAAAUGGCUAUGGCUUCAGAUAUCCAGGCUCCAAGCCUGGUUCUCUAUUUGUGAUUCAAAAUGGAUUGCUUGCAUUCAUUUGGAAAGAAACAAGAGUUGUCUUGACCUUGCAGAGGCUUGACUUGCAACAACUUCUAAGGAAAGGUGAACAGGUGCCUGCUCUACCGCCUAUUGCCAACUUCUCAUAUUUGACAAAGUCAUACUCAAAUGUGUUUGCAGGUGGUCUGUCAUCACCAAGGCAGCAAUAUUCAUAGGAUCAUAUAGGCCAAGAAGGUAGAGUACAGAUUCAGUGUUUCCUGUACAGUUUCUGUGUUGAUUCCAUUGGGAAGGAACUGCAUUCUCAGAAGCUCAUAAGAAGUUAAUAGUUUCAAGGUACAACAACGUUAUACAUUCUUUAAGAGUCUUAUCAGUGCGAUGAUUGGGAUGGAAUGAUAUAUUCUCCAAAGAUCUCCUUCAGCAGCUGAUGUUUCAAAGGUACAAAAACAUCUUUCAUCCCAAAAGUGACAAUAAUUGGRUUCUUCCCUCAGUGACUCACAGUGACCAAGUACACUGCACUUCUACCACUGAUGUCAAGCAAGUUUACCAGAACUCGUUUCGUAGUUUUCUUCAAAGUUAGAUAUUCAUGUAUGGGUUUGAUUUUGAUGUCAGAUAGUCCUUGGGUUAAACCUUAAGGUAUAUACAUGAAAAAAUAAACACUGGAUGCUUUUGUCCCCAAUAGCAAAGGAUCAGCUCAUACUUGGUGUGAUACUAAUGGAAGAAAAAACCUAUGUAAUUUGAUCUAAAUAAAGUUUGGCAUUGUAUUUUUAUUAAAGUUGUCCAAUUUUGUAGAAUUGCUUAUCGGCUUAAAUGGACCCUUUGCUCUUGCUGAGGAAA